GGAUGGGACAUAAAAGCCACCACCAUCCUUCUAUAUAGACCACCAACCCACAAUAUCCCUCCCAUCCAUCAAACCACCAACCACGAUGCCCAAACCAACCAUCCUCCUCGUCCAAGGCUCCUUCCAAACACCACACGUCUACUCCUCAUUCACCACCAGCCUCCAAAACCAAGGCUACGACACUAUCCACCCAGCUCUACCCAGCUGCACGGACGUCGAAGAUGCCGAUUUCCCAACUAGGACGCUAAGCGACGACGCCCUUGUCGUGAGACAUGCCCUCGAAGAGCUCGUCGAAAAAGAGUUCAAAACAGUGCUUGUGGUCAUGCACUCGUACGGGGGAAUCGUCGGGUCCGAAGCGAUUCCUGAAUCGUUGAAUUUCACGCAGCGCCAGAAAGAAGGGAAGCAGGGAGGCGUGGUUCAUUUGUUUUAUUUCGCGGCGUUUGCGCUAGGAGUGGGAGAGUCGGUACUGGGGAAGUUCGGCGAGUCGCCGAAUAAUCUGGUUCUGCCCGACGGCCGCUUCCGCAUCCUCAAUGGCGCCAAAACGCUGUAUAAUGAUCUUCCCGAGUCCGAGGCAGAGCUCUGGGAGUCGAGGCUGAUUCCUCAGUCGUAUGCGGUGCAGACGACGGCUGUGACGCGUACGGCGUACGAGUAUAUCCCGUCGACUUAUUUGAUUUGUGAAAAUGAUGCGGCGGCACCUGCGCAGUUCCAGGAGAUGUUCGCGGCGAUGGUGAAGGCGCAGGUGCGGAGGUGUAGUGCAGGCCAUUCGCCGAUGUUGAGCCAGACGGGCAUGUUGGUAGAUGAGGUUGUGCGUGUUGCUGAGAGUUGCUGAGAUGUAGAGGGUAUAAUCUGUUGGUGAGUAAUAUAGAAGAUAGAGAUUGUGAGUUAGGAGUUGGAAGUGACUGGCUGCUCC